AUGCCUUCUGAUCUUCGAGCAGCCGAGAAAAAUAUUAGGGCCCUCCAACACUCCACUCAGUCUUCUCUAACAUCUCCUGGCUUGCCGCCUAACCAAUUCUUUCUAGUUCCAACACCUCAGGUACCAAAGAGUUUUGCGCGAUCACUAGAACCCCGUGACGGCAUUCUUCUACCAAGCAUAUUACCUAAUGCCGGGAAGAAGGAUUCCCAUCUUAAUUCCAGACAGGCGGAGCUAAACGAGGGUUUGCUGAAAGAUGACGCUAGUAGCAAGGAGGAUGGAGAAUAUGGGAUUUCAGGACGUUUUCACCCAGGAAGUGAUGCAGACCUGGGUUCACUAGGCGUCAGCCCAAAGGAGUUAGGUCAUUCAGGAAGAAAUAUAGCAGACCCAGCACGAUCAGGCCCUCUGAUGGUUAGACAUAGUGGCUGGUACCGCAGUCAGUCAAUGCUUCAGGAGAACAUUGCAUCCAAUAAUUACCGUUGGAUGUCUAAAACUCCUCUGGUAGCACUCAGGUUCCUAUUACCGCUUGUUCUUUUCGGAGCACAGCUCUAG